AUGAAGCAUCUCUGUUCUCCUGUACCUCCGGUCUGUGCCCCGGGCCCUGUGCAGCUGGGGCCGGCCCUGCUGUCCAGACGGUUUGCGCAUGCGCUGACGGUUACGCGGAUGACCCGCAGUCCAAGCUCCAGGUCUCUAGAUAUGUCUCGAUGGUGGCCCCUGCUGGUCCUCCUGGUGGCUCUGGCUCUGGGGCUGGUGCUACACCAACAGACUGGGUCUGGACCAUGUCUGGGACUGGAUCUAAGCCUUAGCCAUCUCAAGGCUCUGUUUAACUUAGACCAAAGUCCAGAGCGGACCCUGGACCAGACCCUGGACCAGACCUUGGAUCAGACCUUGGAUCAGACCCUGGACCAGACCCUAGACCAGACACGGAGUCUGGAGCAGCGGAUUUCCUCGGCCUGGGAGAACAUCAUCACUCCUCCUCAGAGAAGAUGGAGAAGAGCCGCUGUAGGGGUGAACUCAUGUGUGGAUGUGGUGGUGUCUGGAGUGGAUCUGCUGAAGGCUUUGGGGCUGAGUCCUGGUUCUGGUCCUGCUCUGGAUCACGAAGUCCUCUCAUCUCUUCAGGACCUCAGAGAAGCCUUUGAGUUCUUCAUGAGUCGAGGAGCAGCGGCUGAACGCUUCUUCUCCGACAGAGACCUGUUCCACCACAUCGCAGUCACCGCUGUGGAACUAAAGGGAGCCCAGUUUUAUGUCGGGGGAAAUGCAGCUCUGAUUGGACAGAAGUUGGCUUCAAGUCCUGACAUUGAGGUCUUGCUCUCUGGUCCCGUUGGUCCCAAACUUCAUGAACUGUUGGAAGAGAAGAUUGUGGUUCCUCCAGAGUCUCUGAGAGAAACGGAUGAGUUCCACCUGAUCAUGGAGUAUCAGACAGGGGAGCAGUGGGGCCCUCUGGUGGUGGCGCCGCAGGCGAACCGCUUCAUCUUCUCUCACGACGAGUCCAACAAUCACAUGACCUUCACCGAGGCUCUGGUCCAGAGUCUGGACCAGUUUGAACCGGAUCUUAUGGUUCUGUCAGGAUUUCACAUGAUGGAGGGUCUGAAAGCAGAGACCAGAGACCGGCGGCUGGACCAGGUGGUGGCGCUGCUGUCUCAGCUCUCUGUCCCUGUUCAUCUUGAGUUGGCCUCGAUGACCGACCCGAGCUUCAUGCACCGCAUCAUUAAAGAGGUCUUCCCUCUGGUCUCGUCGCUCGGUCUAAACGAACAGGAGCUGCUCUUCCUGUCCCGCUCGGUGGAGGGGCCUCAUGCUGAUGUCAUGUGGUCGGAGGUGGGGGCGGCCUCGGCGGUGGGCGUGGCCUCUGACGUGCUGUCAUGGGUUUUGCAACAAUUUGGAGCAGUUUAUGGCGAGUCACAGUUGUCACGGAUACACUUCCACUCGCUCCCCUUUCAUGUGGUUGCUGUGGUGACGGGGGGUCGCUGGGGUAACCAAGCGGCAAGCACGGCAGCUGGAGCGCGGGCGGCAAGUGCUCAGGCGUCAGACCUGUACCCUGGCCACGCGCACGCGCGCAGGGCUUUGCUGGGCUCUGAUUGGUCCAUGACUCACCUGGACUCUGGCCUCACCUGCGAGGAGGCGGGACCAGGCGCUGUGAUGUAA